UCCUUUUCUCCUCCCCAAGAUGGCGGCGGCCACCAGCGGCGAGGCGGUUUGCGGCGACGGCCCGGCCGGGGGCGGCAAGCGGGGGCACCUGGGCAUCCCCGAGGCCGUGUUCGUGGAAGAUGUAGAUUCUUUUAUGAAACAGCCGGGGAAUGAGACGGCAGACGUAGUGUUGAAGAAGCUGGAUGAACAGUAUCAGAAAUAUAAAUUUAUGGAACUUAACCUUGCCCAGAAGAAAAGAAGGUUAAAAAAUCAAAUUCCUGAAAUUAAGCAGACUUUAGAAAUUUUAAAACACAUGCAAAAGAAAAAGGACUCUACAAAGCUGAUGGAAACCAGAUUUUUAUUGGCAGAUAACCUCUACUGUAAAGCUUCCGUUCCUCCGACAGAUAAAGUUUGUCUCUGGUUGGGUGCCAAUGUAAUGUUGGAAUAUGAUAUUGAUGAAGCCCAGGCAUUGCUAGAAAAGAAUCUCUCCACAGCCACAAGAAACCUUGAGUCUCUAGAGGAAGAUUUGGAUUUUCUUAGGGAUCAAUUCACUACUACAGAAGUCAAUAUGGCUAGAGUUUAUAACUGGGAUGUAAAACGAAGAAACAAGGAUGACCCUUCUAAAAGCAAAGCAUAGUUCUGUCAGUUUUCAAUGCAGUCCUGAGUUUCAAAGUAUUUUCUUUUUUAAAAAACAACAACAGCCCUUUGGUUCAGCCCACAGCUGACUGAGUUUAAUUUAAUCAUUUCGGUCAGUAUCAUAAAAACUUAAAAUAAUGGUGAGCAUCUUUAUUUAUUGGCAAACCCUAUUUGUGUCCACGCAUGCUUCAUGAAAUUACGGCUGGUUUGGAAAAGGAGCCACGAGGGAUUAGGUAUCUGCAGCCGUAACAAUCUGUCGUAGGGAAAUCCUUCCCAGAGGGUUUGUCUAAAAAUGUGAAGUGCAUUAUUUGGACAUUAUAGCAGGUCACUAAACUUUUGUAAGGGGUUGUUCAUUGUUACGUCCGCUUGAUGAGGGAGGUCAACGAAAUCCUGGGAAGGAUACUAGGCGGGUGCGGUAGCACUACGGAGAAUACGGUACAAUCUGUAUUCAUUGCACUCAUGACCUCUUUGCCCUUCAAACAUUCCCCAUUUAAUUCUGUUCAGAACUAUUACUGUUUUUAGGUAUUCAUACACACACACACGCACACACAUAGGAUUGACCUUUGGGUUAAAUAAUUGAAUAAACAAUGAAAACUGUAUGCAGUCUCACUCCAUUCCGUGUUCACAUAAAUGUGCUGUUUACUCAUCCAAGUUUGUAAAAUUGGGGGCAUCCAGAGGCUAACAGCCUGCGGUAUUUGGCCGUCCCUUCUGUCUCGUUCAGAUGUCUUAAUGCUUGCAAAGACACUUGGUGAAACCUGCAUUUAAACAUGGAUGGUGUAUUUGAGCCUAGCUUCAGUUGUUAUUGGGUUGAAUGUUAUUCCCAUGUUGCUUAUUAUGAAGCUUCGCAGAAGUGUUGCCUUGACACCUCCCCUCUUCCUUGAAAUCUCACUGCACACCUGAUAGUCAAAUUAGUGGUGUAGCUGGCAAUGCAGGUUUCACUUCAGAACUAAAAGCAAAUGCUGUGUUCUAGUUUCAUGUAAUAAACAAUACCUGUAAA